AUGACUCUGACUUAUCCAAGGGAAGUACAGGAGAGCAGGGCUAAGCAAAGGUCAAGAUUUGGCUGCCGAAAUUGCAAACUACGAAAACUAAAAUGUGAUGAAGGCAAACCGCAAUGCAAGAGAUGUCAUUCAUUUGGGGUACUAUGCAAUUUCAUGUCUAACGUGCCCGACCUCCAACCCAUCGCCGCUGACACGGGCCGACUAUUGCCCUCUCUCACAAAUGCUGUCUGGACAUCUGAUGCAUCGACUUUCUAUGAAUUGAACACGAAAUGUCAAGAUUUUAUCACCCGGUAUCUGGGCCGAAGUCUGAUUACACCGGAUGACCCUCAUAUGAUACAAGUCAAUCGCAAGCUCUUGACACUAGCCUUCACCUACCCAUUCUUAAUGCACGCCUCUCUAGCUGUAGCACUUACAUAUGACCGUCAUCUGAAUGGCCACUCGGACUGUCGUCGCACCCUACCAGAGUGUUAUCACUGGUCCCAAAGCACGAUCCUCUUCAAUAAACGGCUAAGGCAACCGAUCGAGGCGCAAGAUAAGGACCCAAUAUGGGGCACUGCCGCUGCUCUAGUAAUAUUAACAUUCUCAUCCCCCGAUGCAUGCACACCGGAACAGUCGUGGCCUUUAAAAUCCUCAUCAUCUUCUGACUUGGACUGGCUACGCAUGAGCCAGGGCAAAAUGUCAUUAUGGCAUAUUGUUGACCCAUUACGAUCGGACAGCCUAUUCAGCGUCAUGACGGCGACAUUUGCUCGUAUGCAUUCACCAUUACCCGAAAGGGGUAUAGAUGGUAUACCGCCAGCCUUGGCCGUCGUGUGCGACCUGCAUGGCUCAUCUACGGCGAGAAAUAAUCCAUAUUUCCAUGCCGCCCAUGGUUUAUCCCAGAUUCUGGAUCUACCGGAUGGGGAGGUCACAACUGGUCACAUUCAACUCUUCCUGCGGAGUGUCCAUGGUUCCUUUGAAUACCUGCUUCGGGAAAGGGACCCGGUAGCGCUGUUGUUGCUCUAUCUAUGGUACCGCAAAGCUAGUCGCAGUAUAUGGUGGAUUGAACUUCGGGCUAGAGUGGAGUGUCCUUCGAUUUGCAUGUAUUUGCAACUGUAUCAUAAGGACAGUGCUACUUUACAGGCAUUCCUCCCAGGAGGAGCUCUCGCCGAUGGGUGGAAUUAG